AUCGUUCGUUCGGCGACGUCUGUAGACGGGGAGAUAAGAUACGGGCGAUCUGAUUGUGAAUUGCGAGAUAGCGUGCCGCCGAUUAUUCAGUUCCCAAACGCGUGGCAUUUACGAUGACUGUUCGAUCGGGCCGUGCGUGAUGCGUAAUCGUUACUUCGAAAACAGAUAAAUACUGUCGUCGCGACAGUGUCGCGCUAUACCAUGCACGUCACACCGUAGGUAGAAUGAGUUAAAAAUGAGAUAGCGCGGGUACGGGUCCACAGUUCAACAGCUGACAAUCCGAAGCUCAUUCCGUCUCUUUCCUCGUAAAGAGGCGAGAGAAAGAAUUUUCGACGGAGGCGAGGAAAUGAUUUGGAAUGACAAAGUUUCUGAGAUUUAUUUAGGAUUUUUUUUAUAUUUGUUGUACCAUCUCAUCUAAUUUAUACGAGACUAAUUUCUUUUUAGUCCGAAUCGCUAAUUGCACCUCUGCGAUAAAAAAAAAUAAUUAAAAUCUUUAAAGUAAAAUCUUCGUAGAAUUAUUGAUUCUUAUGGAUUCAGUGAAAUUUUCGUAUAAUUAUUGAUUCAUAUUUUUUUCCACGUACGAAUAGAGAAUAUUCCGAGAAUAAAUAAAAUUAUAUCAGUAGAUAUGAGAAUCGAAUUAAUUGGAGUAAAAUGAGAUAUGUAUUCUUUUUGUAAAAGUUAAAUUUUUUUAGUACAUCGCGAAGUCUCACACCUUCCUCGCUCCAGUCUUGUCAUUCUGAAAAAGCUCUUUUAAUCAAAGAUGAUCUGCUGUAGUUUAAUAAUUUUCUAUUCCUUGCUCGUUUUUUUUCAUUCCGCUUUCGCUGCGGAAUAUCGAAGCUGAAUUAAAUAUCAGCGAAAUCGAAGCCGGAAAGAAUCAAUUUAGUUAAAAAAAAAAAAAAAAAGAUCUUUAGUUCAAAAAUCCCAGAGUACGUCCGUCGCCAGACAGAUAAAACGGCUUUCGGAUACGCUUUUCGAGGAGAUCCGAUAAGGAAGUACCUCGUUGUCUCGUGGCCUCUGAGCUCGCAAACGCACAAAAAGUCCGAUCAGUGAUAUAUCCUCUACGCAGUCGUGGAACGGCCUUACACCGUCCGGACGCCGCUGGCGAACUUCGCGAGACGCCCAGAUACCGAUCUGCGGAGAGAUUUCAGAUUCGUUGCAUCAUUCGGCGAGAAUGCGUGAUGUGUACAAAAGCAUCGAUCGACGCGUGAUCCGUGAAUAUCCGUGUUAAUAUCGGCAUAUCAGUAAUAUCGUGUCUUUCGAGUGAUCGCUACCUCUAAUACAGCACUACACGUAUAUCGCGAUCUCCCCUCCUCUCCCCGAGAUAUCGGAGCUGUUUGUACCUAUUAAACUAUAGAAGCGCGCUGUGUACUCGGUAAAACUGAAAAGUGAUCGCGGAGACCGUGUCUCAAAGUCGAGGCCGUCAUAUACAUCGUAUUCGACGGUCGCGUACGGCUGUCGAAAAAAAUUCUGAUAAUCGCGCUCUCACCGCGCGUGUGUGCGAGCUGACUCUCGUCCUCGAGUAUAGAAUAUACGAUCGGCGACGGCGACUCUUGGCUGCUGUUCGCCGAGUGUGACCGGGAACGUGAUCUCACACACUCUGCUUAGCCCGCGUGACGACGCGCACGUGUCGGCCGCCUGCGAAGCUCCGCACACGGCCACUCGAGCCCGCGAUCGUUUGCACAGGGGGAUUAACGGAGAGAGAAUUUCGAGUGGCGUCGUGUCUCGCGAUCGAGCUGCGCUGCGCGCGGAUCAUCCGAGAUCACCCUCACGUGUGUCGCGCGCGAUUAUGGUCGUCGCGGAUGACAAGAUCGUGCGCGCCUCAACGCGCGAGACGAUCGAGCUGCAUGUCCUGUCCUUCGUCUACGGUCUGUAUCUGAUAGCCCGACGGUUCCUCAAAUGGAUAUGGGACCCUAAAAAGUUCUUCAUGCUACGGCAGCGGGACCAGCCGCCGCCGUGCCUGGUCGACAACAGCCUCGGCACGCAUUCCUACGUGAAAAUCAAGGGUGUUAAAUUCCAUUAUGUGGAAGCGGGAGACAAGAGUAAACCUCUCGUAUUAUUAUUACAUGGAUUCCCGGAUUGCUGGUUAUCUUGGAGGAAACAGAUCCCGUGCCUCGCGGAACACUAUAGGGUAGUGGCUAUAGAUUUAAAGGGAUUCGGUGACAGCGACAAGCCGCUCAAUAGGCGAGCUUACAAAAUUGAAAUUUUAAUAGACGAGUUGAAACAAUUCAUUUUGACUCUCGGCGUGAGGACGUGUAGUAUAAUCGGCCACGACCUGGGAGGACUUCUGGGAUGGUACAUGGUCGCCCUACACGGAGAUCUUGUUUACAAAUUCAUAGCCAUUUCGAGUCCGCAUCCCAAUUUUUAUUGGAACAGAGUAUCAGGAAAUUUCGCGUUAGAUAGAAAGUGGAUGCAUUUCAGCAGAUUACCGUUUCUGCCGGAAAUAGAUGCGCUCAAGGAGGAUUUAUCUAUUAUCAACGAUAUAUUUCAACAUCUUCAAAUAUCUCAAGUUGACACAGAGAAGAGCUACGUCGAGGCGUACAAAUAUGCCUUCAGCAGAAAAGAGGACUGGACAGGACCGAUUAAUUAUUAUCGCAACCUUCCAUUUACAAGACUGAAUAUAGAUAGCGGCGAACAGAUUGAUAACAAAACGCUGCUUCUAAUCGGAAAUAUGGAUCCUUUUGUAACGAUAGAGAGCAUCAUUCAGAGUUCCGAACAUGUAGAAGUGUCGAGGGUUAAGGUUAUAUCGGAGGCGCAGCAUUUUCCGCAUCAAGAAAAGUCGGAUGCCGUAAAUAAGGCGAUCAUUAAAUUUCUAAUAGGCACAUCGUAUAACUUGACGCCUUCGAAAACACCUUCAAAGAGUCUCAUGUCCUCCUGGCUAGGAUCUUUAAGUAACACCGUUAAGUAUGGCAAUAAGAUGAUCGACGUUGUGCAUAAACGAACUAACGACAUCGUGAAUGUGUUGCCCAAUAAAGCACUUUAUUUGGGACAAACAAGUUAGACGGUGUUGCGUAACAUCAGCGGUACGUUAUUUAGAACUUUGUACUUUGUUCACGAAGAAAUCUAAAUAUCCCACGCUAACGCUAGCGUAUGAAACUCAUAAAAGGCUGAUUUGGUCCUAUUUAUUACUUAUUUCUCAUGUAAGUAUAGCAUUGCAAAUAGGGGAUCGCAACUUUUGUGAAUGACGAAGUCUCGUAUAAAGAUUUCUAUCACAUUCACUUUUACACAAGCGAUUAUGUUAUAUCUCGAAUUAUUUUUAGUAUUUUUUAUAUAUAAUUAUUCCUCAUAAGAUCUGUAUGGGUAAUGUUGUAAAGAAAUGAAUUUUUUAUAAUUGCAUGUAACCAUUAUUUAGAAACGAGAACACUAAUGGAGAGCGAUAUAAAAUCUUCCAAUAUUCCUUUUUAAUAUCCUCAAUAAAACAACGAUAUAAUUUUCUAAUAAUUAAGUAAUAUUAAUAUUAAUUGUAUAAUUAAUAUUAUUAUUAUUUGAUUAUAAUAUU